AUGUGCAGCCCAGAUGUGUCUCCCACCUCCACCUUCCUCCUAGGGCUCGUGUGCUUGACAGCUUUCAGCAACUUCGCAAAGACUUCUGCAGACUUCUCAGGUUACAUAUCACAAGUGCUAAAUAAUUACACUGACCAUGCCUGUGAUGGAGAAUAUAUCUCCUUGAGAUGUCCUCACAGAACCACCAUCAGCAUCCAGUCUUCUUUCUACGGGCGGAUUGUCCCAAGUCACCAGAUGUGUCCCUCUCGUUACCCCCACUCCUAUGCAACUUUAAUCAAAGAAGAUGUUGCCUGUUCAGUUGGCACUUCCCUUCAGAAGAUGCUGGAUGAGUGCCAGGACAGGAGGAGCUGCCAGUUCCUUGUCAAUAGUCGGCUCUUUGGUGCAGAUCCGUGCCCUGGCACCGGCAAGUACCUCAUCGUCUGGUACAAGUGCAGGCCAAAUGAGUACAAGAGUAAAGUAGCCUGUGAAGAUGACAAGCUGAGGCUAAGCUGUAAGAAGAGCAUGGUCAUAGCCAUUUAUUCUGCUACCUUUGGAAGGACCCAAGGAGGCAGCUUGGAGUGCCCAUACCAAACCCUGGGGAUGCCUAUGACUGAGUGUCAGUCAGCUACUGCUCUUCAACUCCUGAUCAAGCGCUGCCACGGGAAAAGAAGUUGCAGCAUUUAUGCCAGCACCCAUGAGUUUGGGGAUCCUUGUUACCCAGGAAUCCAAAAGCAUCUUAAUGUCAUUUACACCUGUGUUCCCAGGAAACUUCUGCAUGAAACACAGCCAAGACCAACCAGCUACCAAGGAUUUCAGAAGCCACACUUUCCUCUGCAGCCAAGAGUGUUUGAUCCCAAUGUGAUAGGGGACGGCGUCUUCCAUUCUGAUGUCUUCCCUUCCAACAUAGGCCGUGCUCUCCCAGCAGAGAAGAAGAAAGGGAGAUCAGCCACCUUCUACCCCCUGGACAACACCCCAUUCCUGCUCCCUGUGGAUGAGACACAACCACCAGUGUUCAACAGCAGCAUGGAGCCUGUGGGUGUUAGCACAGAGAUGGCUCUGCUCAGCAACAUCCUAGCAGCGUAUGCCUUUGUCACAGAAAACCCUGAGCGGGCUGCCCUGUAUUUUGUCUCUGGAGUGUGCAUUGGACUCGUCUUGACCCUGGUGGCCUUGGUGCUAAAGGUUUCCUGCAGAACUGACUGCAAACGCUCCCCUAGGAAAAAACCUCCCCGGGAGCGGGAGAGCGACAGCAGCGACAGCAGCGACAGCGACGCUGACUCGGACACCACCUCGGAUCUCUCUGCCCGCAGGCACCGCAGGUUCGAGAGGACUCUGAACAUGAACGUCUUCACCUCAGCCGAGGAGCUGGAGAGAGCUCAGAGGCUGGAGGAGAGGGAAAGAAUCAUCCGGGAGAUCUGGAUGAACGGCCAGCCCGACAUCCCCGGCACCCGGAGCCUCAACCGCUACUACUGAGCCCUGGGGAGCCCAACCAUCCUGCCCCUCUGCCACCCAAACGUGACAGGGGAGAAGAAGGGAAGGGGUAUUAAUGGGUCUCUCCCCUUUUCCUUUCGGGCACGCUACCUGGAUGGACAGCAGAAAAGCCUUCCCAGUCUCCUUCUCCCUGACAUAUUGCUCUCAGCCUUCCUGGUGGAUGCUUUCUGGUUACAACAGCUUUGUUUCUGAGUAGCAGGCAAGAAGGUGACAAUUAGAGUCCUUCCACGUAGGACAUGGAGUUUGUCAUGCUGCAGUGCCAACGCUCCUGUCUUGGCUGGGGAGAGAAGUAGU